AUGCGUGAUUUGAUCAGAGAUUCAACAAUCGGACAAGUCCUCAGAUUCCUGACAAGUAACCGAGUUGGAAAAUACGUCGAGGAACAGGAAUCCUUCGAACUGCCUCCUUCCUACAACCCAAAUCUAGCACCACGACGACCCAACCCCAAUUCCUCCUUCCGAACCGAACAAAACGAUGAGUCAAAAGAAGACGCGGGCCAAUCCAACAGCGACAUCGAAAACCAAUCCCAAACAGACGUCGAAACCCAACCAGGUCUCAGCACCACCACGUCCCUACCAAUUUCCCCAUCUCAAAGCAACAACAAUCCAGCUCUCACCAAAGAAAAAACAAUCAGACCCCACCGCACCAACGACGGAAUCUUCCUCGUAACCUGGUACACCGACGACGACCCCGAGAAUCCUCAAAACUGGUCCUUCGCAAAGAAAGCUUGGGUCGGCACAGUCAUCUUCUUCUACACCUUCGCCGUGUACGUCGGUUCCUCUCUCUACACUGCUGGUAUCCCAGAUAUUGUGCGUAUCUUCGGCGUCAGUGAAGUCGCCGCUUCUCUAGGCCUCUCAUUGUAUGUUGUGGGCUAUGGGAUUGGGCCGUUGCUGUUCUCGCCACUUUCUGAGAUCCCAGCUAUUGGGAGAAACUCACCGUACAUCAUCACGUUUAUUAGUUUUGUGAUAUUGACGGUGCCAGCAUCGCUGGUGAAUAAUUUUGGGGGUUUGUUGGUUCUGAGGUUCUUGCUGGGGUUCUUUGGGUCGCCGUGUUUGGCGACGGGGGCGGCGAGUUAUGGUGACUUCUUCCAUCCGACAGUCUUGGUGUACUGUAUCACUUUCUGGGGUGCGGGCGCGACUCUGGGUCCUUGUCUCGGUCCACUCAUCGCAGGCUUCGCCGUCCAAGCCAAGGACUGGCGCUGGAGUGCCUGGGAACUUCUCUGGAUCUCCGGCCCCAUGCUCCUCGUCAUGCUCAUUGCUCUUCCUGAGACAUCAUCCGACACGAUCCUCCUCCAUCGUGCCCAAAGACUGAGAAAACUUACAGGUCGGACAGAUUUGAAGUCCGAUUCGGAGAUCAAGCAAGCGGCCAUGAACUCUCGCCAAAUCACAAUCGAUGCGCUGAUCAAACCGUGGGAGAUCAACAUCCUGGAUCCAGCUGUACUGUUCACGACGGUGUAUACUGCGCUCGUGUAUGGAAUUUUCUAUUCGUUCUUUGAAUCAUUCCCUCUCGUCUACGUUGAGAUCUACGGCUUCAAUCUCGGAGAACUGGGCCUCUCUUUCUUAUCCGUACUCGUUGGCCUGAUUGUUGGCUGUACACUAUACUGCCUCUUCUUCAUUUAUAUCGGCGACCCGCAUAUGGCCAAAGUCGGAUUCUGGAAUGUCCCGCCUGAAUAUCGCAUCCAGCCGAGUCUGCUCGGGACGUUCUUUAUUCCUAUGGGACUGUUUAUAUUCGCUUGGACCGCCCGUCAUUCUGUCCACUGGAUAGCCAGCAUGAUCGGUAUCGCAGUCAGCGUCUGCGGCAUCUCCCUCGUCAUGCAGUCAUUGUUCAUCUAUCUCCCGUUCACAUACCCAAAAUACGCAGGAAGUCUCUUCGCCGCCAAUGAUUUCGCGAGAUCGAUGUUCGCGGCUGGAUCUAUCCAAUAUGCGCGCCCGAUGUUUCUCAAUCUGGGCAUUGCUGGUGGUGUCAGUCUCUUGGGUGGGCUGACGACUUGUUGUAUUUUGGGUGUCUUUGUGAUUUUUAUCUUUGGGGCGAGGUUGAGGAAGAAGAGUAAAUUUGCCGUGGCCUCUUAG